UUUAAAACAACAACAACAAAAGCACGUGUUAAAUGAUUAUGGAUUUUUUUUGCAUUUAACAAUACCACAACACUCUAUACAGGCUACCUGUAGCAAUACAGGAUACCUGUAACAGAAAAUCUUUACCAUUUUUUCGGUUUGUUUUUUAAGCUAUGUGUUUGGAGAUUUAGUAUAUGAAGCUUGCAAAGACAAUGUACCUAGUAAAGCAUGCUUUGAUUGUACAGACCCUGUUAUGAAUCAAUUUUGUCAAUCAACAUGCAAUACAUGUGUUAACAUAAAUGGUACAAAUAAAUCUGUAAGUGCAUCCAGCAUUCUCUUUGGUCAACCUCGAUCUGGUCUAAAAUAUUCAAUUAUUUACAUUGAUUCUCAAAACUGCUUUUUGGACAAGGGCAUAUAUGAUAGUGUUUACUGCAAUCCAACCAAUUGGACCGAGUUUUAUCUAGUGGAUGUACCAUCAACAAUAUCUCUCCUACCAACUGCUGGUCAAUUUCAAUUAUUUUCUUCUGUUUCUGCUGGAUCUACUGUGUACUCUUUUUCUACAAAAAUAAUAUUGAUACAGAUUGGUUAUCCAUUAUUUGGUCAAUUAUUUGGUUUUCCUGCAACAAAUUUAUAUACAUAUAAAGUUAACCUUCCUUUAAAUCAAAAUGUUACAAAUUUAGUUUUUUCAUUAGAUAAUUUCAAUUGUUUCAAUUUCAAUAGUUUAACAGUACGUGUCUAUUUGUUAGUGUCUCAAGACAAUUUAUUUAACAAUGUUUUUAUUGAUCUAAAAAAUAUGUUGUAUGAUUAUUCAAAAAUAUAUCUUUCAAACGAAAAAUUUGCAAAUUUUAAUUUGACUUCUGGAUACAAUCAAAUUGAUUUGUUGAAUCUCUAUUAUUUAUCUUCAAAAAAGUAUUCUGGUUUCGUGAACUAUAUUGGUAUUAUUGUAAUGCCUGAAAAUAAAUUACAAAAUGAUUCUUAUUGUAAAAGCUACGAAGAUUCUAUUACAUUAAAUAUAGGUUAUGGAAUAGUUCAAAUUCCAAAAGUAACUUUGGAUUCUGCUAUGAUUUUUAAUACUGAUAUAAGUUUACUAUUUAACCAGAGUAUACAGAAUCAUCCAUUAACAUUUGUAUUUACAUAUAACGUUAAUUUGACUUCAAAUAUAGAUGUUUUAAGUUUGAAUUUUUCAAUUGAUAAUUCAAAUAAUUGUAAUGUUUCUAAUAACCUUACAAUGAGUAUCUAUUUGAUUGUGCCUCAGAGCAUUCAAAUUAACAGUGCAGAUGAAGUGCAAAAAUUGUAUAGUUAUUCAAUGUUGUAUCUUUCAAACAAGCCAUUUGAAGAUUUUGUUUUGCAACAAGGAUACAAUAGUAUUGAUUUGGUGAAUCUUUAUCACGAUGCUAUAAACAAUUAUUAUGGAGUAGCGAACUAUAUUUACAUUAUUGUAAUAUUUAAAAACAUUUUACAAAGUGAUGUUUAUUGUGAAUUCAACCAAAAUAAUGUUGCAUUGGGAAUAUCAUUUGGAAAAGAUAAAUUAUUUCAAGGAGCAGUUUCUUUUCAAUCUACCAAAGAUAACAAGUAUCUUCGUCUUGGGUAUACGGUUAUUAGAUUUACCACUUUUUCACCAUUUUAUUAUGCUGGUGAUAGAGCAUUUUAUAUCCAUCAAAAGGAUUCAUAUCUUUCUAUUCAGUCAGCACGUCCUUCUCAUCUUUUUAAUUUUAUUGGAAAAAAUGAUGAUAGCUUCAAAGUAUUGUCAGAUGCAAAUGUUCCAGCUUUUUCUCUUGUUGUGAUUGGCUUGGUGAUUAAAAGCAUUGAAAGCAUCAACAGAUAUUCAGUCAAUGUUACCAUAAAUUCUGUCCUUCCAGUGUGGCAUUUAAAAACAGAUUUUGUAGUUAAAUGCAAAGAUCCAAAUGGUGUAGUCAAUUUAUAUCCUGUUACAAACUACAUAGCUAUUAUUUCUUCACUACAAAGCAACACUUUGUACAAAUUUUAUGCAGGUUUAAAAAAUGAAUUUGGUUUCUAUGUGUAUGGGCCAGUGUUUCUUUACCAAACUGACAAAGAUAAUGUUUCCAAAACAUUGUGCAAAGUUUUAAAUGCUGUCACUUUACAAGGAAAUUUACUAUUGAUGAAUUUACAGAUUUAUCCAACAUUUAAUGAAUCUUUAAAUGCUUAUGUGGAAUUUGAAUUUUUUUUACCCCCAUACUUAAGUUUCACUUCUGGAAAUGUUAUACAGAAUUUCGUUAAAGCAGAUGGCAAUAGAAUAAAAUACUUUUUUACUGGAAGAAUCAAUUCUUCUGAAAUAUUCAAUUACAACUUUACUGGUUUAUUUAAUGAUACAAAAUGCCCUUUACCUGGUAUUUUUACAUUAGACAUUCCUUUGAAAAUAUCAAUUCAAGUGGAAUUAGGUAAACCCACAGUAUUCUUUAAAGCAUUCAGAAAAGUUGUUGAGUGUUUUGGAUAUCCGAAUAUUCCAAUUGUCAAAGACCAACUAAUUCUUAAAGAAAGCUAUGGUCGUGGUAUUUAUUGGGAUGCAAAAAACUUAAUUAUAUAUGUCUGCAUGAAUCAACAUUUUCCUAGUACAAAAGUAGCGUGCUAUGUUUCAAACGAUGAAGGAAGUUUGUGGUAUGAAUUAGAUGUACAGGUUGGUUCAGUUCUUGGUCACCACUUGUUAACCAAUGAACUGUAUGCAGUUCAUCGUAAUCAAAAAACAUAUAUGAUGUUUCACAACAUCUAUAAGAAAUGGUUAUCAAUAACCAAGCAACAAUUUACUGAAACAGCAUCCAAUUUUAUUGAUCCAUCAAUGCGAAAAAAUUUAGAAGGAGAUUUUAAUCAAAUUUACACAUUAGGACCAAAUAAAUGGUUAGGAAACUCACAAGGUUUGUUUUUGCUUCACAGAAAUGGUACUUGGAUAUUACGAAUACGAUGGCGUUUUUGAAGAUUACUUUUUAUACCAACAAAUUUGAACAUUAGUUUUUAUACCGACAAAAGGUUAUGCGGAUCUUGUAAAAUAUUAAAGAAACAAGAGUUGCAUUUUGUCAUUUUGAUAUAAGUUAUUUUAACUUUUAAA